UAACAGCUGUUUAUUGUCAGUUAGUCAUUAGUUGAAAAAAACAAACAAAGAUUUAAUAAAAUCAGAAAACAGUUUUAUUUCGCAAAGCAUCAUUGUUUCAGCUCUUUUCCAAAGGUUUUUUUUAAAAACCAUUUGAAAUCGUAGAAAUGAUACAGACUAAACGAAAAAUAUUUCUACUAUGCAUUUUGCACACGUUCAACAAUUGCAUUUCUUCAAGCAUACCAGGAGAUGGAGCUAUGCACAAUCCUGAUCUUUUUGAAGGAGACAUUUUAGGUUUUGAUCCCUAUGAUAAAAAUGCAGUUGUGGAAAAACACAGGAUUUGGCCGAAUGGAAAGAUUCCUUACAUUAUAGAUUUCGCUUUGAGAAAACAAGAGCCUCAAAUCAAAGAAGCUAUGCAACAUUAUGCAGACAAAACUUGCAUCAGAUUUGUACCAAGAACUGAUGAAGUACAAUACGUGAAGAUUUUUCCUGGAAAGGGGUGCUACUCUCAUGUGGGUAAGACACUGAACGAACAGCCACUCUCUUUAGGGGCAGGUUGUUUCAAGUUCGGCACAAUAGUUCACGAGUUGGGACACACAGUCGGGUUUUUUCAUGAACAUUCCAGAUCUGAUAGAGAUGAUUUUUUGAAUAUUCAUCGUGAAAAUAUUCGACAAGGAAUGGAAAGCCAGUUUGUCAAGUUACGACCGAAACAGAAUCGUCUGCUAUCCCCUUUUGACUUUGACUCGAUCAUGUUGUAUGGCGAGACGGUUUUCAGUAAAAGUCAUUAUGAUGGUCUGAAAACGAUGACUGCAAAAGAUGGAAGGAAAUUAGAAGACGUAUACGACAAGCCCGGUUUAAGUAAAGACGAUAUUCUUCGAAUCAAAACUUUAUAUCAGUGUUAAAAUUCUAUGUUUUAUAUUGCAAACCUAGAAUUCAUUUUUAUUUUGAAUGCAAAAUAAAAUAUAUCUUUCAUUUAA